CGGCACAUCCCCGCCCCAAAGAUUUAGAGGAGCACGCGAACAUCUGGCCCAGGGGGAGGGAAAGCAAAAGCAAGCGGAGUUGCUGCGCCUGUGAGUGUGCGCACUCGCUGGGAUGGUCAGUUAGCGUUUACUAUUCCUGAGUGACUCGCAAAGCGAAGGCCGGUUUAUAAACCCAAGUCGGUAGCGCGGUCCAAGUCCAAAACCAGGGUCGCUUUCCGUCCUGGCUCUGCUGGCGCCCUUUUCUUGGCUAUUAUCGGCGUGGGAAUUCUCCCUCGACUUGGCUCUAGGCCGGCGUUGCGGGUUUCCCGCGCUCUCCAAGGCUUGCUUUGCAAAGCGCGCCGCGAUGGGCAGCCGCGGCUUUUGGCGCGCUUCGCGGUUGCUGCUGCUCGUCGGUGCGCUCGCUGGGUCAGCGCCGGCGGCCGCCGCUCACUACGAGGCGGACGAAGGCGAAGACCUGAUGCGCUCCUUUGCUUUCGAGGAGGAGAACCUGGCCGAAUUCGCCCGGCACCGAAGCUCCCCCGCAGCUUUCUACCGGAGCAAUAAGGAGUCAUGGCGCUUAUCUGGACAUUAUAUUGUGGUGCUCAAGGAGGAAUCCCUUAAAUCCCAAGCCCUACAAACUGCCAAGCAUUUGCAGGCCAGAGCAGCCAAGCAUGGCUACAUGACCAAAAUCCUGCAUAUCUUUGAGGAGCUAAUCCAGGGCUUUGUUGUCAAGAUGAGCAGCGAUGUGUUGCAUAUGGCUUUGAAACUCCCACAUGUGGAUUACAUAGAAGAGGACUCUUACGUGUUUGCUCAAAGCAUUCCUUGGAAUCUUGGCCGGAUUGUCCCAGAACAGGUCACGCUGAAUGAGUAUAAUCCCCCCAAUGCUGGUGAACUGGUUGAGGUUUAUCUGCUAGAUACUGGUGUCCAGACGACCCAUCGGGAAAUAGAAGGCAAAAUAUUUGUGACUGAAUUUGAGAAUGUCCCUGAAGAAGAUGGCACUCGCUUUCACCGCCAGGCCAGUAAGUGUGACAGCCAUGGGACCCACAUGGCAGGCGUGGUGAAUGGAAGGGAUGCUGGAGUUGCCAAAGGGGCCAAUGUUCGCAGUCUGCGGGUGCUCAACUGCCAAGGAAAAGGCACCGUAAGCGGCACACUGAUUGGGCUGGAAUUCAUUGCAAAGACCCUGGCUGUCCAGCCCUACAGCCCGCUGAUUGUUUUGCUACCCUUGGCUGGCACCUAUAGCCCCAUCCUGAAUGCCGCUUGUCGUCAGAUGGUGCAGAUGGGAGUAGUCAUGAUAGCUGCAGCAGGCAACUACAAAGACGAUGCUUGUCUAUACUCCCCAGCAUCAGAACCAGAAGUUAUUACAGUUGGAGCAACCAAUGCCCAAGACCAACCUGCAUCCAUGGGGACUUUGGGAACCAACUUUGGACGUUGCGUAGAUGUGUUUGCUCCUGGAGAUGAUAUCAUUAGUGCCUCUAGUGACUGCAGCACCUGCUUCACAUCGCAGAGUGGGACAUCCCAAGCAGCUGCCCAUGUCGCAGGUAUUGCAGCCAUGAUCUUGAAUGCCAAUCCUGCCCUGUCCAUCUCCGAGCUAAGGCAGAAACUGAUCCACUUUUCUGUCAAAAACCUUAUGAACGAGGCUUGGUUUCCAGAAGACCAGAGGCUGUUAACACCAAACAGAGUGGCUGGGCUUCCCUCCAAAAUUGUCGCAGAGGAACAACUGUACUGUCGCUCUGUGUGGUCUUUCUUGUCUGACUCAACCAGUGCAGCAACAGCUGUUGCCCGAUGCAAUAGCGAUGAAGACAUGUUCAGCUGCUCAAGUUUAUCAAAGAAUGGCAAGCGGCGAGGGGAGCACAUUGAGGAUAUUGGAGGCAAGAAGGAGUGUGUGGCUCACAACAGAUUUCGAGGCCAAGGUGUCUAUGCCAUAGCCAGGUGUUGCAUUUGGCCCAAGGCUGACUGCCAGGUUAAUAGCCAUUCACAGACCACAGAGGACACAGCUAUGAAAAGUGUUAGCUGCAUCCAAGAUAGCCAUGUUUUGACAGGCUGCAGCACCCAUUCUCUGGCUGGAGAUGUCAGUGGCGGCAUCAAUGCUGUACACCAGGCAGACAGUAGCCGGGCUCACUGUGUAGGACAAGGAGAAGCAACGGUGCAUGCUUCCUGCUGCCAUGCACCCAGCCUUGAGUGCAGAGUUCAGGGACAUCCUCCCCUGGAAUACUCAACAAAGGUGAUGGAGACCUGUGACGAUGGUUGGACUCUAACAGGAUGUAAUGCCCAGUCACAUAGCUCCAACACUCUUGGGGCAUAUUCAGUGGACAACACCUGCAUUGUAAUCAGCCGUCCCGAAAGCAAAGGAGCAACUGCAGUUGCCAUCUGUUGCAGAAAAAAGCUCUUAGAGGAUGAGAAGCAAAGUUCCAGUAACAAAUGACAAUUCUACCUUUUCCAGCCUCCACCUAUCCAAAGGACCCACAAAUUUUGACAAUUGCCAUACAUGGUCAUACUGGCAAAUACGGUAGUUUGUAGAGCAGGACUCCAAUACAGCUUCGGAUUGCUUGUGAUAGCCUUAGCACAACAAUUUCAGAUGCUGCAAUUGUGCAAAACAUUGUCCCUCUAGCAACAGUCCCAUUGUUGUUUUCAAGAGAUGGGUGUCUUUGAUGUCUCAGUAAUAUCAGUUAAACUGCAUUUGUAAAAUAUCUUUGAUCAAUCAUUAUACAUGAUUUUUCAAUACCUUUUUAGUUGCAAUCAGUGACUUCCAAGUUUUUUAGAAUAUCUAUUUUGUCAACCGUCCAUUAGUUCAAUGCAUUUUGCUUAUAGUUGACACGGGGAGGAGCAUGCAGAAGGAUGAAGAAGAUAACAGUUUCUGUGUAAUUCUUUAGCUUGGUCCCACUCUUUCAUUGGUUGAACUAUAACCAGAAACGUCCGUGUAUAUAUGAGUGGUGCUUAAAACUGUAAAAGGUGAAAGUAUUAACACUACAGAUCAGCCCAGGAUAGCAGAUUAAUUGCAAAGCAUGCCAAUUAACAUUAUAUCGUGCUUUUUAAAAUUUUUAUAUACUAAGUUGUACGGUACUAUUUUGCAGCAAACAUAGGCAAACCAUGGGCUGUAUUAACCCUUCUUUCUAAAGGCCCCAUGCAAUUAAUAGAGUAUCCUUUGUAGUUAAACUGUUACGGAACCAUUUAACUGUUUAAUGCUUUAAAAGGAAACAGGCAUACCUGCGAGAUAUUGCGGGUUGGAUUUCAGAUCAGCAAAUAUUACAAUAAAGUUGAAUCACACAUUUUUAUUGGGGGGGGGAGGGAGGGGGUUUCUGACUGCAUAUAAAAGUUAGGUUUGCACUCUGGGUAAAAUAGUACUAUGUCUAAAAAAAUUAUGUUAAGUUCUUUAUUACUAACAUCUUAAUUAAGGUUCUUUAUUACUAAUGAGCAAAUGCUCUUGGAAAAAUGGUGCCAGUAGAUUUGACACAGGGUUGCCAUAAGCCUUCUAUUUACUAAAAAAAUUCAGUAUAUGGAAAAUUGAAUAAAGCAAAACACAAUAAAAUAAGGUAUGCCAAUAUUCAAAUACAAUUUGAUAGAGUUGGGAAGUGUUUCUCCUGAUUCUGCUCACUUCUUGAGAUUCUAUGGUUGUUGCCCUCUCAACCUGAAACAGCCUAGGAUUUAGAUCAGGGGGGUCAAACUUGUGGCCCGUGACCUGGGUGCAUCGUGUGCUGGCCACGCCCAGCAACGGUUUAGCAAAGAGGGGAAAAACUUGCAAUUUGUCACGUGACGUUCAUUGUGAGUUUGACACCCCUGAUCUAGAUUGUACACAUUACUGUUUUCUGUCAUUCUCCAGUGCCAUUAUAUAAAACCACUUAACAAUGGGUUGUAGUUGGUCUGAAGUAGGAUUUUAUCCUAUUGUGUCCUUAUAGUAACUUUUGAAAAGCAGACGUUUCUCCUCUUUUAUUUCACACAGGAAACAAUUACUUUAAUUGUAAUACUUAACAUAUUAAAAUUAUUGUAAAUGAACUGUGUUAGCUACUGUAUUCACAAAUGGAGGGAGCUCUGCAAAAAUGAGAGCAGUUUUCUCCAAGGAGACUGGAUCAACGUAGAGAAUUAUUAGUCUCCUAGAUAUCACUGAAGCAUAACUUUCAGUUCCAUCCUCUUAUGAUUAUUAUUCUGAAAAAUAUUGAAAACUAGCUGAAAAAAAUAAUAAUUGGGCUCCAGGAAGACUACCGGAUCAAUGUUAGAAUAGUUUUAUAUACGCAAACCUGAAGCUUUUAAAAGCACUGAAGACUUAGGACUCCUGCAUGACAGGCCUUAAGGCAACCAUAAAACCAAGUAAUCGCUGGGUAACUUUCACCAAACAGUGUAGUUUCCUAACAAAGUAUUUGGUAUUUGAAAUUGGCUUUUCAAAUCUUUUCCCCCCUUAUCGAAUGUUUCAUUGCCUAUAUAAUUGAGUCUUUAACCACGUAUAUGUUCAAUCAAGGGGAAUAUAUUUUUUAACUAAGGGACCAUAUACAUGUUUCUUUAAAUGUAAACUUAAAUGCAAGUUUAGUUCAAAGUAAAUGUGUAGUGGAGCCUGUUGCAUUUCUGCUUUAGAAAGACAAAAAGAACACCAAAUCAGAGUAAACUGCAUGUGACUCUUUAUAUGUUGUUUUGGAGUUAUUACUCAAAUGUAUUAUCUACAAAGUAAUUGCUUGAGAAGAUGUUUUGUGCUGUGGAUCUUACAUUUUUAUCUGGACUCUAUUUAUUAUGUUUUAUAUAACAUUUUAUAAAGCAAUUUCUUUUUGAAAUAAAGUUUCAUACAAUUUUAA